UGAUCUCCUUGACCGUUGACUCUUGUUUCUCCUCAAAUAUUAGUAUCUGUUGGACAUCUCUGGAGACUGGUGGUGAACUUCAAACCCUCUGGAAAUUUUCAUUUGCAAUUUGACAGUUCUUCAGUGUUUUUUAUUUGCUGCAGCGAUGGCUUUCAUUGAAGGCAGCAAGGGCAUCUACGGACCCAUCAAGGUGAUGUUUGACACACCUAUUUAUGAAAGGGCUCUGCAGAUCUGCUGGCACAUCCUCUCCUACAAAAACAACAUUGCUAUGCUGACAGAACUGUUGAGGCUUCAGCAGGAAUACAGGAUCCCAUCUGAGGUGACUGUCGAGGACAUGACGGACCUGCUUCUAGAGGAGAGCAACAAGUCCCUCAGAAUGAGGUUCUGGGACUUUGAACGGGAGGGGUACGAUGAUGACGUCCAGCCGUUUCUCAAGAUGGUGAUGGAUGUUCUCACCAGCAUGAAGAUGAGAGACGUCCAGUUCGAAGCAAGGUGGCUGCUCGAGUGCCCAGAGGACAUCCCUCCUUGUUUCCAAAAUCCCAAGAUGGUGAACUUGGCUCAGAAGUUUGGACAGAUUCUGACGGAGCAGCUGCAGGCGACUCCCGGCUCCAAACUGCUCGGCCCGUGGGACGUGGUGGUGGAAGUGGUUCCAAAAGUCCUGCAGGGCUUCUGGUUGCCUCCUCCCACCACCUACCUCAACAUGCCCUCCCAGGAGCUCAGCGACAUGGCUGUUGGCUUCACAAAGGCUGUUAUAAAUCGUGUCACGAGGGCUCUGUCCGGUGGUCUGCAUCGAGUCAACGUCUCCCGCCCCAUCAGAGAUGCCGUGGUCCUGGCUGUUCAGGAGAAGGUCAGGCAGAUGUACCCCCAGGACAUCCUGAGGCAGAAGGUUGACUGUUUUGCAGCCCAGUUGCUGGACGAAAUAGCCGAAGCUGCCACAAGGGAGAUUUGUGCGCUUUUCCAGCCACAGGCCGACACUGACACUCCCUCGGUGCAGGACGGUGACGACACAGUCCAGAGGCCCACCGGGGGACCAGACUCUCCUGUGGCUGCAGCUCCAUCACAUCACGCGACCUCUGCUGAUGAACCAGUCAGCCAGGUUGAGGCCGAGCAGCCUGCACCGAACUCCGGCACCAGCUCUGCUGAGAACAGUACUCCAGCUCUUACUUGGACUCCAGAUGAAUCACCGGCCAGAAUUGCCUUGAUAUAAUGACCCCAGCAGGAACACAGACUCUGCCGAGGAUCCACCUUUGCCUCCUCCAGUGACCCCUGGUGUUGAAGCUCCUGUCACAUCUGCUCAUCUGGAGCCUGUGAUGAUCAGUGGAGCAGGUUUCAGUCUGCACACAGACAGACUCUGCUGAGGAUCCAGCUCUUCCACCUCUAGUGACCCCUGGGGAUGAAGUUCGCUCCUGACCAUGCUCCUGAACAUCCUGCCAUAACCGGCUUGGAGGAAGUCAGUCUCAGCACCCGAACUAGAAGCGAGUACUGUUUGAAACGAUACAUUCAUAAAUGAUUACAUGAAAAA